CAGACUCCAAAUCCAACUUUCCAUUUACAGCCUCCGCGUUCUCUCUAAGCUACUCAUCAUCUCUUCCGUGCCCUUUCCAAUCGGCUCUUCUUUCAGCAAUGGCGGAUAAGCCCAGUCGAGCUCUGGUAAUUUUCGGUGAUGGGUUGGCUCGCUUUCUCGAUCAAUCUCAUUCCCAUCUGCAUGCUCUCGCAUCCCUAGCUUCCUGUGGGUUUUUGUCACUUCCCAAUGCUCCUCCUUCAGAGAGUGAGGAAAAGCGGACUAUUCGAGAGCUUGCGCUUCUAUUUGAUGCAUCCGACUCAGACGUCAAUAAGAAUCGGGACGGUUGCGAAGGAAGUAGUCAGAAAAAGUCCAUACCUGAAAGGUUCAUGGGAAUGAGGGCUGCAUUACUGACAAAUAAUUCAGUCGUGCAAUCUUUGGGCUCUGAACUUGGCGUCUCUUUGUUGCGAUUGGAUGAGUUGAUGCAAAUGAACCAUGUGGGGUUGCCACCGGUUGACUUUCUAACCUCUGAAUUGCUGAAGAAGCUUGGCUUUCAAGAUGGGAAGAUACAGGAUGCAAGUGAGUUUGAUUUAUUGUUUGUGCAUAUAGGGGUUGGUGACAAAGUUAAUGAUGAGAAGGACAGAACAGCUUUGGAUGAAAUGAAAUAUAUUGAUGCUUUGGUUGGUGAUAUAUUGCUAAAGGCUCAACCUGGGUCAGAAAUUGGUUCCCGUUUGCACUUGUCCCUUCUAAUGAGCUAUGGAAAUGUCUUUGAGGAUGAUGAAAACAGCUUAUCUGUUUUGACUUCCAAUGGUGUGAAAAAUUCUGAUUUGUCAGAGCUCUUUCCUCGUCAAAGUUACACGAUGAUGGGGGAAGUCCAGCGGAAUGACGUUCGGCACCAUUCACCCAUGUUAGCUGCUCAGUGGCAACACGGAGUAACCCGCAAAGAUAAAGCAGAAACAUUUUCUUUCAAGGAGUUUAAAGAGCAUGGUAGCAAUCUAGUAAUACCAGCAGACAGAUUUAUACAUGAGGUGGCGUUUAAGCUUUGGAAGGCCCCCAAGUAUGGAGCUUGAGAUGAACAACCCCUCAAGACUAUUUGAAAAUGAGAAUAAGUCCCUCGAAGCACAAGUUUUGCUUGUGAACAAAUUGCCAGAAGCACUUUAUGGAUUCCAAAUAUUUUUGCUUAUAAUUUGAUGCUUGGGAAAAGCAAAUCGUUUGAGUGCUGCAAUUUUCGUAGAGAACGGCUUCGGUUUAUAAGAAUUGCAUUUGUAAUGAAAACUCCAGUUUCAAUUUGGAAACUUAACGGAAAUACCUUUUGCCUUUUAAGAUGAAA